AUGUUUGAUAGUAGAAUCACUAGAGGAGAAGAAGAGAUGAAAAGACAUCAAAGGGGUGGAGCACCACCAGACGAUGAUGAAGCGGGGGGAAUCGUGAGAUCCAGAGGUGGAAUCACUAGUAUCACAGGUGGGGUUCCGACGACAGGUGCAAGUGAUGAAGCAAUUGGUUUAGAGCUAGAACUCAUGGAUAGAACAUAUAUGGUGGCGGCGAAGAUUCUGGAGCUCGUGGUGGUGUAG